UAUCUGGAUUUAAGACUGGAAGCAAGACUAUUCAGUAUCAGAAUUUGGCAAAAAUCCCCGAAUAACUCUGAACAAAAUGGCGAAAAUAGCGCUUUACAUCCUCCUACUGAUCAUCUUAUCUGCUAGUCUGUUUGAGUGCUCCCUGAAUCCCUAUAAAACUUUAUCAGUUUCGAAGUCAGCUUCUCAGACGGAGAUUAAACGUGCUUACAAGAAGCUCGCCCGUGAAUGGCAUCCAGAUAAGAGUGACCACCCUGAUGCUUCGGAUAGGUUCAUCAAGAUUCAGCAAGCUUAUGAGAUCUUAUCUGACGAUGAAAAACGGAGAGAGUAUGACCAAUUUGGGUCCAUCGAUCCUAACGGCAGCCCACGCAGGCAACAGGACCCAUUUGGUGAUCCCUUCUUCCAGCAGCAUUUUAAUGGCUUUGGUGGCGGCUUUGGCUUCCAGCAAUCUAGAAAUGAUGACCCUCGUAGAGUGACGCUUUCCAGGUUACAAGAUGGUAUCUUACCACAGAGCGGCAACAAACCUUACCUGAUAUUUGUGACUGGAAGCUUCUGCUUCAACUGCAUGAAUAUUGAGAGGAUAUGGUCGGAUAUUGCUUCAGAAAUUGAGUCAUGGGGCGUAGGUGUGGGAACGGUCAACAUUGACAGUGACCGCCGGCUGUCAUCUGUCCUAGGGAUUCGCCAUCGUCCAGCCAUUGCUGGUAUCAUUGAUGGUCAAGUGAAGGACUAUGGUCAGGGCAGUGUGACCUUGAGGGCCAUGAGGGACUUUGUAGAUCGAUUGGUGCCAAGCAGUCUGAUUCAAGAGGUCAACAAUAACAACUAUCGAGACUUCUUUGCCAACUUCUACAAUGAGAACAAGCCCCGGGUCCUGCUGUAUUCCCAGAAACGAGACAUCCCCAUCAUCUUCAAGGUCGGCGCAUUGGCAUUCAGCGAGUACCAGACGUUUGGCUUUACCUCUGCCAAGUAUUCCAACACGAAUGAGGUUCUGAAGCAUGUCGGCAUGCAGCACAAGGCAGGAACGGUCCUGGUGUUUAAAGAGAAUAUAGAAGAGAAUGUGGAUAUGGUUGAGGAGAGACAUAUGACUGUGGAAUCACUGCAUCAUUUACUCAACUACAACAAGUAUCUCUCCUUUCCCAGGCUCUCUUCUCAAACUAUCUUUGAAGAAAUGUGUCCUGAGUCCCCCUCGUUAGUAGGAAGAAAAUUAUGCAUCAUCCAGAUCACCAAGGCCACUCCGGAGCACGAGCCAUUCCGAGCUUCUUUCAGAAACAUGGUGAUGACUACGCCAUCGUGGCCACACCAAGCCAAGGUGACAUACAUGCUGCUUGAAAGACAGGAGCAGGUAGCAAUGGCUAUGGAAGGCUUAGAAGUCGAAGUUCAACAUGCGGUUCCUGUUGCGGUCGUUUGGAGACAGCGAGGGAACCAGGUCCGGCUGGCCUGGCUGCCCGAUGGCUGGGAGGGCCAAGAUAUCACCAUGGAACGAAGAGGGAUCAAGGAAUUCCUGUACGGACUCAAUGAUGGAACUUCCAAGUUUACCCAUAAAGUGAUCCUGCCACAGUUCAAUGAUGAAAACGCACCAGCAUGGCCAAUACAGAAGUUCAGGGAAUUAAUGCAAAAGAUGGCAGACAUGUUUAACUCAGCCUACAACUUCUUAUUCCGAUCAUCAUGGGAAAACAGUAGUCUUCUGAUGAUCAUCAUGUUUGUCUACAUGGGCUGCUUUGUCUUAGCAUUGCUUGGUCUCUUUGGUGGAGGAGGAAAAGAAGCAAAUGAAGCAAGCCAAGAAUAUGAUUCUAACCAAUCACAAGAUCAAACACGGCAUUCAAGAGGUGAACGAACUCAGCCCAGAGCUAGUAGGAGUAUUGUCCUAAAAGAGCUUAGCCGACACGAGUACAGUAACCUUAUAGAAAGCCAGAAGAAAUCCUGGCAUCUUCUCUUACUGGUCAACGAGUCUUCAAGAGAGUCGCUCUGCCAACAGCUUUCCAAAGAACUUGGAAAUUAUCCAUUACGCUUGCCAUUAGAGUUUGUGCAAAUCGACAAGCAUAGGGGUUGGUACCGUUCCUUAGUCCCAGGAAAGGAAGUCGGAACUGUUCUUGCCAUCCGCCCUUCCAAGAAACAUUACUGCAUUUUCAACCCCACCUCUUCUGCGAGGUCCUUUGAUAGAGACUCCACCCUCCGGAAUCGUCAUCGUCCUGGCGAUAGCGGGGAAAUGGAUACAGACUUUAUAGGUUUUAAUGAUAGCGACGAUGAUGGUGCGGCGAGGAAUGGAGUGGAGGUGAAUAUCUUUUACGGGUUUUCGCUUUGGUUGGAUCGAUUACAGGACGGGGAGCUGCAGAAGGUCGAGGUACCAGAGUGGCCAGAAAUGGAGUGAAUUCUGUUUCUUUUAUACUUCUUCACGAAUAGAAAAAUGUGUGUGCAAUGGAAACGAUCAGCAUCCUAUGUGCAUAUAUAGUUUUGAAAAAGAAAUAUAUGUAUAUUGAAGAAUGAAAUAUUGUAUCAUCAGGGAGUAUUUCAUGAUACUAAUAGUCUGAUGUUUCACUGACUAUUUUGCUCUGAUCCAAUCAGAUGCAUGGAUUUCAGAAGCUUAUAACAAAUAGUCAGUGAAAGUCACUCAAUAUAUGUUUCAUGAAAUUCUACCCAGAGCUUUGGGUGCUAUGGGUCUUACCAAACUUCAUGUAUGCUGAAUUGUGAUAACAUCACACAGCUGUGUAAUUUUUGUUUUUUGUCUUCUUGAAGUCCUUGUUCCUUGUAGCAGAAAACGGUACAUUGUGUUGACCACAAUAUUUGGGGAUUGGUAUUUGGAAAGGAUACUGGAUUUCAGAGGUAUUUGAGAUUCUGUGCAUGUUAUCUUAAGAAAAAGGAUGUACACGUAGGUGUUUAUAAAAUACCUAUUGGAAAUGCUGCAGGAUGUCUUUAUAUUGGUUACAAAGUUAUUUUUUUUAAUAGUUUACCUAUUUGUUUAGGUUAGGGUUUUCUUUGGGUGUUGUGAUUCAUCUUUUCUUCAUUGAAUUAAAGGACAAGUCCACCCAAACAAAAAGUUGAUUUGAAUAAAAAGAGAAAAAUCCAACAAGCAUAAC